AGCAGGAGGAGAAGUUUUUGUUGUUUUGCCAUUUUUAAUUUAUAUGAAAAUUAUGCUCCUCGCCUUGAUUGCUUCAGUGUAACUGGAACUGGUUUCCAGGAGGAACGUUCCCAGCUUGCCGGAACGGGGGAUUGAAGGUUUGGAGAUGUCUCUCUGGCUGCUAAAAUGGGCAGUUUGUCUCCUCGGCUUGUUGGCCAGGAGCGCUUCUUCAUCUGACGAGGAUUUCGGAGGCGAAUCUGGAUCCGGGAUGCUGCCAGCAGAAGAGGUGAAUGUUCUGCAGGAGCUUUCUCUUCAGGUGUCAGAGCGAAAUAACUCCUUCGUGACUUUGGAGGGCAGCAGGUGUCCGGUGAUCAGAGUUGGACAGUACUCCACCUUAACUCUCCCUCUGCAGCAGAUUUGCAGCGACAGGUUUGCGAAUGAGUUCAGUUUACUGGUGCAGCUUCGUAGUCUUCAGAGGGAAGAGCACAGCGUGUUCACCAUGCUCAGCCCCGACAGCCGCAUCAUGCUGCAGAUUCGGAUCAGCGCCUACGCCAUCAUUUUCAUUGGAACGCAACAGCGCCAUUACGAGUUCCCAGUCAAUGGCCUGUGUGAUGGAGAGUGGCAUCGUGUGGCCUUUAGUGUGUCCACUACUCACCUGGUGCUGUAUGUGGACUGCUCGCAGCUGGAAAUUGUGGACUGGGUGAACCAUGGCCUGGAGAUUGGCACUGAUGGUCUCCUCAUGGUUGGAGGCAUCCUUGAGGGCUUUGAAACUCCAUUUGAAGGGGAACUUCGACAGCUGACCUUCCUGUUGGAUGACCCUGAGGCCGCCCAGCAGCACUGUAGUCACUAUCCGCCCCGCUGCAGCAACGCUGCUUCUAAACCUCCUCGCUCCCCACGUACCAACAACGCCCUGGAGAAUGCAUCUCAACAACAAGAAGGAUCUCGUGGGGAUGGAACGAUACAAUCCAGGCCGAACAGAAAAGGUUCAGUGGGACGUGGAGAUGUUUUUGUGGUUGAAGAGGACACAGAUUUGUUAGAUCCCAUCUUUCAAAGUGGUGGAGUAGUGAAUCCUCAGUGGAAACCUAGAAAUGGACUGAAGGGAAGCCAGAGGGGCAAACCAGACGUGUCUUCUAAAAAAAUGGAGGAGAACAUCACAACAGAGAAAAAGACAGAUUCUAGAACUUCAUUAGGUUUUCCACUAAAGCCUUCAGACAAUAUAAUUGACCUGGAUGUUGGAGGUUCCCCAAAGAAGCCCUCACUGGGAAUUCCUCUGCUUCCCAAGAUUCCUUCGUAUCCCAGAAUUUCAACCGAAUCAAAUGCACUAAUAGAAGAAUCUGCUAAAGAGACCACCAGCACUGUUUCACCUGCAACUAGUCAGCCCCCGUUCACUGUCCAGACCACCAGACCUCUGGUUCAUAGAAGCAAGCAUGAAGGUGAAGGCUCAGAACCAGACAGAGAAAGGCCUCGGAUUGUGACGAUUGUUUCCAGGGAAGGAGACCUGGUCCUGGGCUCUGAUGGUAAAAUGUACAGGCUCCAGAGGGGACCACCUGGCAGGAUGGGACCCCCAGGACCAGAUGGAUGUCCUGGUGAUCCUGGUCCUUCUGGGGUUAAAGGUGAUAAGGGUGAAAAGGGUCCUAAAGGCAGACCAGGUAAAAUGGGGGAGCCAGGACCCCCAGGAGCUCCAGGUUUACCAACAUUUUAUAUGUGGAGGAAUACUGCUGAGGAAUGGGCUGCUUUUAAGCAAACCAAUUUCUACCAGUUACUGUCAGCUGGAUGGCCUACUAAAGAAGGACCUGCAGGACCACCUGGAGAAAUGGGGAAACCUGGCAUACAGGGGCCACCUGGUGAACCUGGAGAGGAAGGACAACCAGGGAUGCCAGGAGAAAUGGGGGAUAUAGGCCUGAUGGGGCCUCCAGGAAGGCCCGGGACCCCAGGGAGAGAUGGGGAAGAUGGAACAGAUGGUCAACCUGGGACGCCUGGUCCUCCUGGAUCACAUGGCCUGUGGGGGUACAGAGGAGAACGAGGACCCAAAGGAGAGAAAGGAGAUGAGGGUCUUGUUGGUGAUCAGGGCCCAAAGGGGGAAACUGGUGAACCUGGUGAGAAGGGUGCAGCUGGGUUGCCUGGUCCACCUGGUCCCAUCGGACCACCAGGGCACCAGGGGGUUCGAGGUGGAGAGGGACCAGAAGGGCCCGCUGGGCCUGAUGGGGAGAGCGGACUGAAUGGCCCCUCAGGUCCCCAAGGGCCACCGGGUGCACCAGGUUUGACUGGACGAGUUGGUGCUCAAGGAUUUAAUGGCUCAAGGGGAGAAAUGGGACCAGCUGGUGGUGUGGGCCCCCAAGGUCCUCGGGGGCCUCCAGGUUUAGAGGGACAGAUUGGACCUCCAGGACAUAGAGGACCACAAGGUCAUUCAGGACUGAUGGGUGCUGCUGGGCCAAAAGGAGACCCUGGACCUGUGGGCCCAAUGGGCCCUCGGGGGGAUCCUGGCUUUGAGGGCCCCAUGGGUUUGCCAGGGAGACAGGGUCAUGUGGGGUUUCCAGGAGUCAUGGGUAAAAGAGGACCCGAUGGGGACAAGGGGGAUGCAGGAUCCAAAGGCGACAAAGGAGUUCAAGGGGCCACAGGCAUUAGGGGCCCUCAGGGAGAGAGGGGCCCCAUUGGUUUACCAGGGUUCCCAGGGGUCAGUGGCCCACCUGGCCGUAGAGGUGCUGAGGGGAUGGACGGUGAAACAGGCCUGCAAGGCAAACAGGGCGGCCCGGGGGUUAAGGGGAACAGAGGACAAGAUGGACGUCAUGGAAAACCUGGACCGAGAGGAAAUAAGGGUUUAGGUGGACUGAGGGGCCACCCUGGCCAACCAGGCCCAACGGGUUUCUCUGGGCUACAAGGACAGCAGGGAGCAGAAGGAAAGCCUGGUACACAGGGUGUGCAGGGCACAGAUGGCAGUGCUGGCUUUAGUGGUCCCAAGGGUUUUCCAGGCAAUGCUGGUGAGAGAGGAGCAGACGGGCCGCCAGGUUCCCCGGGACCACCAGGGAAGACAGGACCUCUGGGCUCACCAGGUCCACCAGGAGAAAAAGGUUUUACAGGGAAACCAGGCCUGGAAGGACCUCAGGGCCCAGUUGGCAUGUAUGGUGCAGCAGGAAAUUUGGGCAUGCGAGGGGCUCCAGGUCCACUAGGAGAAAGGGGUGAGCCAGGUUUAAGAGGAUUACCUGGCCUUCCUGGAAAGUCAGGUCCUAAAGGUCUCCCAGGUUCAUCUGGAGACAAGGGACCUCAGGGAUCUCAGGGCCGACCUGGAGAUGAAGGACCCAAAGGCAUCCAGGGACCACCUGGCCCUCUUGGUCUUCCAGGUCCAAAUGGUGGGACAGGCAAACCUGGACCCAGAGGAGGCAUUGGGCCCCCUGGGCCUCAAGGGCUGCAGGGGCCAGCAGGAAUCCCAGGUCCACAGGGUGCUGAUGGCUCAGUGGGAACAGCAGGGGAAAAAGGACACAAAGGUUUCCUUGGACUGCAAGGUGAUCCAGGCCCCCCAGGACUGAGUGGACCACAGGGUCAGCCUGGUCAAAGAGGAACCGAGGGUCCACCUGGAAGGAAAGGAGACCAGGGGGACCUGGGUGCUUGUGGAACACCUGGAGCUCAAGGGCCCAAAGGGGAGAGAGGAUCUGAGGGAGCAAAGGGCCCUCAGGGACCACCGGGACCAGUCGGUAAAGAGGGGGAAGUCGGGCAUCCUGGUGAGCCUGGAGAUCCUGGACAUGGAGGAGAGAAGGGUGAGGUGGGACCUCCUGGUUUGACAGGUCAGGAGGGCCCCUGGGGAGCCAUUGGAGAGAAUGGUUUCCAUGGCCCAAAGGGAGAAAAGGGCAACAAUGGGCUAAUGGGUGAACCUGGAUUAAUGGGUGAGCCGGGUCCUGCAGGUCUGCCGGGGCUCCGGGGAAUUACCGGUCCUCCAGGACCUCCAGGACCCAAUGGACCUCUGGGAGAGAAGGGGGAGCCUGGGCCAGCAGGAAUCGCUGGACCACCAGGAUCAGAAGGUCCUCAGGGAGUAAUCGGACCAAAAGGGGUCAGAGGAGACCCUGGGGGGUUUGGACCAACUGGUCAAACAGGACAAGCUGGACCAAAGGGGGAUGAGGGAACCAAAGGAGAACCAGGGACAUUAGGGCUGAAGGGUGAACCAGGAGUACUAGGCCCACCAGGAGAACAGGGUGAAGAUGGUCCUCCAGGAAUCCAUGGUCCUUCAGGUCUACCAGGGCUGGAGGGACCUCCAGGAGAGAUGGGAACUCAGGGUCCUCCCGGUCCUGUCGGGGCUCCUGGGACAUACGGAAAACCCGGAGCUGAAGGAAAACAGGGCACGAAAGGAGAAAAGGGAGAUGACGGUGAAAUUGGACCUCCAGGGAAAACCGGUCCUGUCGGAAGAAGGAGGAAACGGGGAAAGGCUGGAGUCAGAGGAACCAGGGGAGACAGAGGACCAAAGGGUGCAAAGGGAGAUGAAGGAACAACAGGCCUCCCUGGAUGGCCUGGAAUCAUUGGGCUUCCGGGGCUACGUGGAGAACUGGGGGUUCAAGGUGAAAAGGGAGAAGAGGGUGAGAAAGGAGACGUGGGACAACCUGGACCACCUGGACCGGAAGGCAAAAAGGGUUCUCGAGGUCCAGUCGGAUUGCCUGGUCCAGCGGGCCCUAAAGGAGAACAGGGAAACAUCGGUCCACCUGGACCAAGAGGUGGACUGGGGAUGCCAGGAUUACCUGGGUUGUUUGGAAUAAAGGGUUUGAAGGGCUACCAAGGUUCUCCUGGACUGCCUGGAAGGAGAGGGCUCCCAGGUCCACCUGGUGCUCCUGGUGCUCCAGGAAAGUCACUGAACAUGACUUUGGCUCAGCUCAAGGGCCUGAUGUAUCUGUCCGACAAACCUAACUUCUCCCUGAUACAGACGCUGCUGGACUCUCUGCAGCAGGAGCUUCAGCUGCUGUUGGAUCCUCCUGAUGGAAGCAAGGAGCAUCCGGCCACCACCUGUCUGGAACUCUGGCUUUGUCACCCUGAAUACAGAAGUGGAAUGUAUUACAUCGACCCCAACCAGGGGAGUUCAGCCGACGCUCUGCUGGCCUACUGUAUCUUCACCUCCUCAUCAAUACAGACCUGCCUUCACCCCGAACACUCUCAGCUGCCGAUGAAAGCUUGGAUGGAGGAAUCAGCAGAAGAUGACUCGUUUCAGUGGCUUAGCCGGCUGGAUCAGGGUCAUCAGUUUUCUUAUCCAGGUACUAGUGUGGUUCAGAUGCGUUUCCUAAGGUUGCACAGUAUCACCGCUGUACAGAAGGUGACCUACUCCUGUCAUCCAGGACAUCGUCUGGGUCAGAAAGAAAGAUCCGUGAAAUUCCUCAUGGAUUCAAGGAAGCAAAGCUACCUCGGAGAGCUGAAUGAUUGCGUGCCUGGAGAGGAGACCGUUUCUGGUUCUCUAGAGUCCAUGUAUGAGUUUGAGGACCUCCAGCUGCUUCCCCUGAGAGACGUGGCGGUGAUGGGAGGCAGAAACUUCACGCACCAGUUUAGCUUCACCGUCGGGCCUGUGUGUUUCAGCUAGAGGCAGUGGAAACCUGUGCUGUUCCAGACCACUUGUAAAUCCAACAGGAACAUCUUUCUUUGAAUCAUGGAGACAGAGAGGACUUUUAGAAAAACAUCUUUCCCCAAUUUGGGGAUUGGAUCUCUGAGUUUAAGUGACUUCGUAGGGAUGAAUCUGAAAGGGCACAGGUGUUGUUUUUAAUGGAGAAGUCAUUUUUGUUUGAGACAUUUAUCUGGUUUAAAAUAAAUUAAAUAUGUUUGUUUUUAUUGUUGAUAUGCAACAUUUUUUACAGUUUGAAUUGUGCUGUUUACAAGGGGAUUCUUUUAUAGGCUGAUUAAUGUGUAUAUAAAAGUCUUGAGCGACCUUCUACCAGCCCGCUUCUGUCUCAAUAAAACCACUGGAAGUGAACCCAGUUUAUCAUUUUAACUAAAGGUGCUGAUCAGGUUUUGCUAGAAAGACAAACAUUUAUUUAAAGCUCAUUCAGACAAAGAUGCAAACGUCAUCAUUUGCAUACUUGGUGCUAGCUGUUUACUAUCUGUUCUUGAUUUAAAAAGAUGCAAAGCAUGUCUUACAUUUUGAUUCUGUAUUGUGUAUAUAUAUUUUUUUUACAUCUCAGGUAUGAAACAUACAGGCACUUCAUCUGCUGUUGCCCCAGCAUGUUUUUUUUUUUUACAGUUUGUUGUCAAAUCUUUGAAUCUAAAUUUAAUAAAUAAUUGAACUUAAAAACACACAAAUAUAAAAAAUAAACCAUUUCUUGUUCCAGGC